CAACCAAACAGAAGCCGUUAAGAGGGAGAGGAGAGCUGCUUUUGCUUUUGCUUAUUUAUCUAUUUUUUUCAACGAAGAAAAAAAAAACUAAUCCCUCCGAGAAAAAAAAAAAUGGAUCGGUACCAGAGAGUGGAGAAGCCGAAGGCGGAGACGCCGAUUGAUGAGAACGAGAUUCGGAUUACAAGUCAGGGGCGUAUGCGCAACUACAUCACUUACGCCAUGAAUCUGCUUCAGGAAAAGGAUUCGAGUGAGAUUGUAUUCAAGGCUAUGGGUAGAGCUAUCAACAAGACUGUCACUAUUGUGGAACUCAUCAAGAGAAGAAUCCCGGAUCUUCAUCAGAUCACCUCAAUUGCCUCCACUGACAUCACAGACACGUGGGAACCUUUGGAGGAAGGUCUUUUGCCGUUGGAGACUACAAGGCAUGUAUCCAUGAUAACAAUUACCCUCUCCAAGAAGGAACUUGACACUUCUUCUGUUGGGUAUCAGCCUCCUUUACCUGCUGAACUGGUGAAGGCAUCUGAGGAUGCCGAUUACGAAGAGGGUUCUCCUAGUGGCCGUGGCCGUGGCCGGGGUCGGGGUCGGGGUCGAGGUGGGAGAGGAAGGGGAAGAGGAGGUAGAGGAAACACUUACAGAUCUGAUGAGUAUGAUGAUGGAGGUUGGAACCAAAAUCCAGCAUAUGGCAGGGGUAGAGGUCGUGCAAGAGGACGUGGUUUCAGUGGUCGUGGACGAGGAGGUUACAACAGACCUCAGUUUGAUCCUCAACAAGAUGGUUAUGGUUAUGAUGCGCCUCCACAAGGACGAGGGCGUGGUCGUGGGAGGGGAGGCCGAGGAAGAGGCCGUGGGUUCAGGUUGAACGGGCCUAGGCCUAACGCAGACCCAACCCAGGCAGCCACAUGAUGGGAUGUUAUCGUCUAACCACGGAAAUGGCCGAAAUCUCUGUGAAGGGCUUUUGGCCGUUCUGCUUUGCAUAAAACGUGAUUUUGGUGUGCUUUUUGAGCAAAGUCAGUCAUCUUGCAUCUGCUGAAGCGUUUUUUGCUCUUACUUUUUUUCUUUGAAGGGACAUAUGAAAUCCGACCGAGUGUGGAUUCCCAACACUUUACCGUACUUUCGACCUUUGUCUCUCUGUUUAAUUUGAGUAGUUGAAAUUCGUUUAUUCAUAGUGAUGCUUCCAUCUGUCCUGUUGGUAUUUGCUUCAACGUUUUGUAAUGAAAAAUGUUCUUUUUGUUUUU